CACCGAUCAACGGAAAUAGCCGAUGACGUUGGCUCUGUCAUGUGAUCAGCUGUGUCCAAUCACAGCUGAUCGCAUGGCAAUGAUGAUCAGUGUGCCCUGAUGAUCAGUGUAGUCCCAUCAAUGCCACCUGUCAGUGCCCAUCAAUGUCACCUGCCAGUGUCCAUCAGUGCCACAUCAAUGCCAUAUAUCAGUGCCUACCAGUGCACAUCAAUACCACAUAUCAGUGUCACCUAUCAGUGCCAGUCAGUGCCAGUCAAUGCUGCCUAUCAGUGCCACCUAUGAGUGCCAUACAUGAGUGCAGCCGUUCAGUGCCCAUCAGUGAUGCCUGCCAAUGCCCAUCAAUGCCACCUACCAGUGCCUCCUCAUCAGUG